GUGUUUGAAAUUAUUAAAAAUAUAGACUAGAUAAACUGACAAUACACAAAAUGGCUGAAGGAAAACAUUCCGUUACCGUCAAUGUCAACAUUAGUCAAGAAGAAACGAAGAUUGCUGGAGACAAAGUCAAGCAGAAGACGAAUGCUGUUGAUUGCAAAGUUGGCCAGCUGGGUCAGAUUGUCGUCCCAACACCAGGUAAUUCUCAACCCGCAGCUACUCAGCCGAACACGCUGCAACAUGAUUUGAUUCCAGAAAAUGUUUUCAAUGAAUCAGAAGAAGAGAAAGUAAAAAAGCCAUCACCGGGGUUUAAACAUGACACCGAACCUGCGUCGCCAUCUUCGUCUUCAGACGUCGCACAGUCGUUUGCCGGUAUGGAUUUGAGUGGCGGAAUGAUGGAUUUCAUUGCAUGUGAGAGUUCGCGUGAUUUCAUGCAAAAAUCCAAGUUCGAGGAAGCUGUGCAUCUGAUGGAAGAUCUUUCGCCGUCACCAUAUCAGCAGCUAAUGAUGUCAGAAUGCUACUUUCAACUUGGAAGAGAAAGAAACGCAUUGAAAUGCGUUGAAAAAUUACAAACAAUGAUGACGUCAUCGCCGAGACCUAAGAUCGAUGACGUCAUUAGAUUAGUUGGUAUUUACAUUUCUGGUUCGUCCCAUAUUCGUGCAUUGAUUUUACUCUAUUGUUGUGCUAAGUUGUAUAAGUUCGAUUCAAACCCGAAUGAGUCGGUUAAUGGGAUCAUGCAUUGCGCAUUGGAAUGUAGCGACGUGAUCAAAGCUAUGGCCAAGAAAGGCGAUAAAAUGAAAGCGAUUGCAACAGAUGUUGGCUUGGAAAUGAUCACUGAUAUGUUGGAAGAGCUGAGGUCAGUAUCAGGGGCUGGUAAGGAUAAUAAGGCGAAUAUGGAAGCGAGAUGCUUGAAAUAUGUUGCUUGGGGUUACCAUGCCGUGGGUAAACAUAAGGAUGCGAUCGAAUACUGUGAGAAAGGUAUAGCUUUGAUGAUUCAAACGUUCAGGUCGAACGCAGAAAAAUAUAGAGUGUUUGGGGAUCUAUCAAACGACAUUGGUUCUGCGUAUGAAGAUCUCGGUGAUUAUACUAAGGCUGAAUCACAUUAUUUGAAAUCUCUGAAAGCGUAUGAAAAAGUCGAGAAUUGGCCUAAUGACAGCGAGAAACAGGAUAGAACAGAAAGAACAAAUAAAAACUUGAAAAACGUCCAAGACAAUACAAAAAAUAAUCGCCCGCAUAAAUAUAAAACCAUUAAACGACGUUCUUCCGUGAUCAAUCAAUAAUGAUAUUCAUAAACAUCACUUCUACAUUUUGUGGAAACAUAAAUUCGCAGUAAAUUACCAAAUUCUUAUUUGUGAAAUAAUCUUUUCAAGUUAUAAAAAUUGAUAUUUACAAUCAUAAUUAUAAAUCUCCAAUUCCCCAUAAAAUAUUUCUUUGAAAAAUCUUUUUUUCUAAGUUUCUCCCCAAACUAUUUCCUCGAAUUAGUUUAGAUGAUUAAAACUUCAGAUCAACGUAUAUGAAGUAGAUGCAGAAAUAAAACUUCAGGUUUCCGAUCAUUUAUAAAAAUAAUUUACCAGCGCAAUGCUUUCACAUAUUGUAGGAUAUCAGUCGCUGCCUGUAUAGGCCCUUGUUCGGAGAGAAAUACAUGACCAAGUGCCAAACAAUAAAGUAGUCCUUGCAAUCUCUAAAUUAUAUGUAAUCUUAAAUUUUUUUGUGUUUCUGUGGGAAAUUUUGACUUCGGUAAGCAUUUAAAAUCCCGUCUCAAUUUCGAAAAAUAUGUAUUUCGGCACCCUACACUUCAGAAUAUCUUUUAAUGUUCCAAAAACGUUGGUUAGUCCCAUGCUAAAACUGUUACAUAUUCAACUAUUUUCUUGCUUUUGCAUACUUUUAUUGAAAUAAUUUCAGUGUUGUGUAUUGUGAACAUUUAUUUUUGCUUUUAGUUCGAAGUGGCUUUUGCUUAUUGAAAGCUUGGGAAGCAAUUAUGUAUUCAUAAUUUCAAGUCAGUUAUUGUAUUUAAUUCAUCGAGUGUUUUAUAAUUUUUGUAUUGAUAGAUGUAGUGAUUGAAUAAAU